AAGUGGAGUUACUGUUUGUGGUCACAUGGUCCCACUUCUCUACCCCGGAAAACCGCGGUUUGAAAGAGUCACUUCAAUGAUUUUUCUACAUGUGUCGCUCAGCAGAGUCAAUGAGCAGAAAGCUGCCUUACAGGCUCUGCCUGAUUCCUGCGGUGACUCUGGCAGAUUGGCUCAACCUACAGUUUGAUAGGUGUUUACAGGGAAUAGGUGUUUAUAGAGGAUAAAAUGGCAAAAACAAGCUGAAAGUGUAAUUAUGUUCAGAGAGGAGAAGUAGGUUUUAUGAAGAAAACCACAAGCACAGAGGGACAGUGGGGGCUGGACAUGUGUGUUUUUAAGUCAGAUAAAACUGGCUGUUUCCUGUGUACUGUGGGGCUGAGAGUGGGUAGUGAUUUCAGAGGCUCCUCCUGUUAGCAUCUCUGAGGAUGUGUGAACAGAGACAGGGUGGAAAUUCAACACAAAUGCUUCACACUAUAUGACUAACUACAACACAUCACAACCAAGAGAAAAAGAGGAAGCCUGACUGAUGAGUGGCUAUUUGAAACUCAGCUGGUGAUCAUUUCUACUCAAGGAUGGACAAAGAUUGUGGGAAGCCAAAGACCUAUGUGUCUACUUUCCGGUUGGCCCUCAAGCCUCAAGCCAGACCUGUCUGUGUGGAGAGGCAGAGAGAGGAUGGACUGGAUACCACUAACAGGAUGUUGAUGGGAAACAACAAACUGGGAGUCUCAUCUGUAACAGACUCCAGACUGACCCCCGUCAAGGCGCUGGAAAAGCCUCACUUCAAACAACCACUCAGGGACUGUACAGUCUGUGAGGGAAGGGAUGCUACUUUUCAAUGCGUUAUCACAGGAAGUCAGCCUCUGAGCGUUUCCUGGCAACACAAUGGUAAGAAGACACAUUCAAGUAAUACUUCCUUCAAAAAUGGUGUUGCCAAUCUGGCUCUGACUCAUUGUUCACCUGGAGAUGAUGGGACGUAUACCUGCAUAGCUGAGAAUGUUGCUGGGAAACAGUCAAGCAGUGCUGUGUUACACAUCACAGCAUUAAAGGAAGUCCCCAGAACAAGCAACCAUGAGGUGCACAGUGAGGCCACGUUCAAGGUUGUGUCACCUGAAAACACUCAAUUGUCCUCAGCUUCUAAAGGGAAAAGCCAACACAGAGAAGAACACAAAGUCUCCACAGAUAUCAGAGAAAUCAACCUUCAAACAAAAGUCUCCACUAGCAAAGGGCCUCCUGUGGAGUUUCUAGACCCACCAGAGCAGGUGGAGGUUCGAGUAGGAGAGCGGGCCCGGCUACACUGUGAGUUCAAGAGCAGCUCUGUCCCUGUGGCCUGCUGCUGGAUUUACAACAGAGACAAGGUGGUGGUAGGAGGGCCGAGGAUGUCCGUCAGCAGCAGUGAGACACAAAGCGGUGUGGAGGUCUCUCAGGCUUGUCCAGACGACACGGGCUCGUAUACUGUCGUAGUACGAAACCGAAAAGGCUCUGCCCAGCAUACAGUCUCCCUCGGUGUCAUAGACCGACCCGACCCACCGGCAUCCCAACCUGUCGUUUCCCAGCUGUCCACUCAGUCCCUGGUCCUGUCCUGGACGGGUCCCAGCUACGACGGAGGCACAGCUGUGUUGGGCUACAUUGUGGAGGUCAGACAAGAGGGCCUGGACAAGCCUGGGAGCUGGAAUGAAGUAACAAGCCGUUGUAAAAACACAUCUUACAACGUCCAUUCAGGCCUGGAGCCCCUGGGGCAGUACUGCUUCCGUGUCAGAGCCUACAACUCCGCAGGGGUCAGCGAGCCAAGCCAGGAGUCUGAGCGUGUCAAGAUGGCGACAGCAAAAGAAAAGAAGGAAGAGCCUGAGUCGUACAUCAUAGUGACCGUUGACACCAAACACAAGAUCAAGGACCACUACAAUGUGCAUGAGAAGCUGGGAGUUGGGAAGUUCGGCCAGGUGUUCCGGUUGUCCCACAAGGACACAGGUCAGGUGUGUGCGGGGAAGUUCUACCGAGCCCGAACCUCUAAGGAGAGGGAAGCAGCUCGCAAAGAGAUUGAAUUGAUGAACCAUCUUCACCACCCAAAACUGGUCCAGUGUCUGGCUGCCUAUGACACACGCUCAGAGAUUGUCAUGGUCAUGGAGUAUAUUGCAGGUGGGGAGCUCUUUGAACGCAUCGUGGAUGACAACUUUGAGCACACAGAGCCCACCAGUGCCCGCUACAUGCAGCAGAUCCUGGAGGGCAUGAAGUACGUUCACAAGCAGAAUAUCAUCCACCUGGACCUCAAACCAGAGAACAUCGUCUGUGUGGAUACAACUGGUACACGGAUCAAGAUCAUUGACUUUGGCCUGGCUAGUAAACUGGAGGAGGGUAAACCUCUGCUGGUGAUGCAUGGCACGCCGGAGUUUGUGGCACCUGAGGUGAUCAACUAUGAGCCUGUGGGCCUGGAGACGGACAUGUGGAGCAUUGGAGUCAUCUGCUUCAUCUUGCUCAGUGGAGAAUCUCCCUUCCAGGGGAACAGCGAUCCUGAGACUUUGGCUCUUGUGACUGCUGCCUGCUACGAGUUUGACCAGGAGAGUUUUGAAGACAUCUCUGAUCAGGCUAAAGACUUUAUCAGCUCCCUGCUGAAGAAAGACCGGAGAUGCAGGUUGUCAUGUGCCGAGGCCCUCGCCCACCCCUGGAUGGUCUCUUUUACCCCUCUGAACCGCAGACCUACCAAGUCCCUCAAUAAGGGGAAGAUGAGACGCUUUCUGGCCAAGCGCAAGUGGAAGAAAACUGGCAAGGCUGUUCUGGCCCUAAAGCGGAUGGCUAACCUCUCCAACAGACCAGACUCUCCUGGCUGCUCCUCAGAGGAGCCAGGUUGGAGCCAAGAGGCAGAGGAGGCCAUCCAGUCGCUGGAUAAGCAGCUUCAGAGUGAACCUCGCUUCGAGCAGGCCCUGAAGGACACCACCCUCCCCAGAGGAGCAACUGCUCAGCUAACAUGCCGUGUCAAUGGUUACCCGCAGCCAAAAGUGAAGUGGCUUCAAAAUGAGAAGCUGGUGUCUGAAUCGUGCAGAGUGACCGUGGAGCUACAUGAAGACGGGCUCUGUUCUCUGAUUGUGGCUGAUUUGGAGCCUUCUGACUCUGGGGUUUAUGUGUGCAGGGCAGGCAACAAGCUGGGGGAAGCAAUGUGCUCUGCCAAACUGAAGGUUGAGAUGUGAACGUGGUGAAAACCAGCGGAAGCAACAAUUUAAGAUUUUCUGAGACUCUUCAGAAGUAGACUUGAUUUGAUAAAGCCUGGACUUUGACAUGACAUGUCAGUACAUGGAAGGACAGUUGUUUCACUGUCACACAAAAAAGCUGCUUUCAUGUAAUUUCAAGGCAAACAGGGUGUGUUGUGGUCUUCUGCCAUUAAUGGGAUAAUACGGUUUGGACACGCAUUCCCACAGCCCUUUGUUUCACAAGUCACCAGUUACUAGCACACUUACUAAGAUUAUAUUCUUUUAAUCUGUGGUUAGCAUGUUCAGCUACCAAUGCACAAGGUUUUGUUGUACUGAAAUAAGGUGUAAGGUGCAACUGUUGCUGAGCUCAGCACCGUUCACACAACUGGUCACGUGAAAAUUGUACAUUUUGCACAUUUAAACAUCUUUCAAAUGUAAAUGUUUUAAAGGCAUUAAAAUUAAAGGCUGAAUUUUAGAAAAAA